AUGGAUGUUGAUAUGUUGAAGAAAAAGCGUGCAACGGCACGCAGUGCCUUUACUAAGACGGCUAAGAUUCUAAAAACUGAAAUUUGUAAAGAUAUUCAAGCGGAUAGAGAUGUAUUGAAAGACAAAAUUUCGAAAUUGCAGAUGAUAAUUGAUGAGUUGAGAUCUUGCGAUUCAGAAAUACUAGAUUCGAUGAUUAAGGGAAAAGCCGCUGAAGAUGAUCUGGAAACAGAGGUCAUAGGCUACGAAGAAUAUUCAGAUGAGUUUAUCACGUUUAAUCGUCGGGUGAAAGAGAAUAUAGAUAAUACGGUUGACCGAAGAUCGUCGGUGAAUUUCGAGGAGUUACUGACCGUCCUGUGUGAUGUUGAAUCCACAUUAAACAACCGUCCUUUAACAUACAUCUAUGAUGAUUCGGAAGAGCUCGUACCUCUGACACCUUCCCUGUUUUUGCAAGACAUAAAACAAGUAGGGGUACCAGAUCUGGAUUACAUCGAUUCCCAGAAACUGAAUGUGCGUGUAAAUUACUGCAAUACGUUGAGACAAGAACUGAGAAGUCGCUUCCGCAAGGAAUAUCUGGCUCAACUAGUGCAGAAGGCAAGCGCUUCAUGUCAAAACCUAAAGGUGGGGGAUGUAAUCCUCAUAGAACUAGACAAUAAAAAACGUGUAAUGUGGCCAAUGGGCAAAAUUGUAAAAAUAUUCAGUAGCAGAGAUGGGCCUACUAGAGUGGUACAGGUAAAAACAAGCAGUGGAUAUUUG